GAUCUGUCAGAGCCUCAUUUGGUGACCGGAAAGCAGAACUGCACGGCAUGUACCAGUGGCCCCACUAUGAUGUGUACAACCCAUUCUAUUUGGAGCAUCGGGUUUCGCCAGAUCUGAUCAGGCGCUUCCAAGCAAAAUCAGAUAAUAAGAAAUUAUAUGGAUCAGUUUGUGAUUUAAGACCUAGUGCUUUGCCUGGAUCACUUGAUGUAAGUCGUUCAAUGUUUGAUCUCCGAAGCCCACCUCAUCGAUUCAUGAAGAGAUAUGAUUCAUUCUCCAGUGUACCUAGCAGUACCUCUUCCAGGAAGGAUUCACAAGGCAGUAACAGGAGUCUGGAUACUAUUACAUUAUCAGGUGAUGAACGAGACUUUGGAAGACUGAAUGUGAAGUUGUGUUAUGUUUCUUCUGUAGAACAGAUUUGGAUCACUGUUUUACAUUGCAAAGAUCUGAGCUGGCCUUCUAGCUGUGGGGAAAAUCCUCGUAUCUAUGUCAAGGGAAUUCUCACGCUGCCCAAACCAGUGCAUUUCAAAUCUUCUGCCAAGGAAGGAUGCAAUGACAUUGAAUUUAUGGAAACUUUUGUAUUUGCCAUUAAAUUGCAAAGCCUGCAGGCUGUCAGACUGGUAUUUAAAAUCCAGACGCAGACUCCCAGGAAAAAAACAAUUGGAGAGUGCUCCAUGGCACUGCGGGAGCUCAGCCUGGAAGAGUCAAAUCAUUGGCUGGAUAUAUCUCCUCCUUCCAAAGCCCCUGUGUGCCGUGCAGAACUUCAAAUAGGAACUUGUUUCCAAGCAAUAAACAGGAGGAUUCAGUUACAGAUUCUUGAAGCACAAAACCUUCCAGUUUCAUCUGCACCCCUGUCUUCAAAUUUCUUCGUGAAAGUUGGAAUGUUUAGUACAGAAGGGAUGAUCUAUAAGAAGAAGACUCGUCUUCUGAAGCCCACUAACGGCCAAGUGAAGUGGGGAGAAAUGAUGAUUUUUCCAGUUAGCCAAGCUGAACAAGGAAUUGGCUUCCUCAUCAAGCUCUACAGCAGAAGCUCAGUGAGAAGAAAACACUUCCUAGGACAGGUCUGGAUAAGUUCCGAUAGCAGUAAUAGCGAAGCAGUAGAGCAGUGGAAAGACACUAUUGCCAACCCUGAAAAAGUUGUUGUUAAAUGGUACAGCAUUGGUCCAUCUUGAAGACCAGAGAUGAAACUCUGGACAGAUUUUUCUACAAAGAUUCUCCUACGCUGUUUAAGAUAAUAUAAAUAAAAAGAAAACUGUUGUCUAC